GCAGCAGCGAAUGGCUGCGCGUGUGGUCUGCACAUCGGGUUGAUGCUACUGUAGCGACUGUUUGCAGACAAGUUUGGUUGACUUGUAGACGUGAUGGAGCCCUCCUGGCGACAUCAGGGCAGGGGGCGUGGUCGGAACCAUGGACAAGGAGAAAGGUCACAACCCCAGCAUAUGAUGCCCGUGAGACCAGGUGGUGCUGGAGGAACCACAAAGGUGGUAGUCCCAUCUGAAGGUGUCUCUGCCCACACCAAGUUUGAGGAGAUCCGAAAAUCCAACCAAGCUACAGUGAAGCGACUGGUGGACAGUCAGAUGAGCUCCUCCUCCUCUGAUGAUGACGAUGACGAUGAAGAUGGAGAGAUUGACCCCAAGGAUGCAAAGAGGGGGAAGAUCCUGGAGUCCACUUUCACUACCUACACCAACCAGACAGGUGGUGAUGUCACAGGUCUGCUGAAAACCGGUCAGUACGUCAGCGAGCUCUUUCAGUCCGGAGCGCUCACCUGCCUCAUCUGCAUUGCCUCUGUCAAGAGGACCCAGGCGGUGUGGGGAUGCUCCAGUUGCUUCUCCCUCUUCCAUCUUCCAUGCAUCCAGAAGUGGGCCAAAGACUCGGCUUUUCUCCUUUGCUCUGUGACUGAUGAAGACUUCGGACAAAAGAAGCACCCGUGGCCCUGUCCCAAGUGUCGAGCAGAGUAUCCCCACAAUGCCACGCCCACCAAGUACAUGUGUUACUGUGGGAAGCUUGAGGACCCUCCAGCCGACCCCUGGCUAGUUCCUCACUCCUGUGGCUCAGUGUGUCAGAAGGAGCUGAAACCUUCGUGUGGACACACUUGUCUUCUGCUCUGUCACCCUGGUCCUUGCCCCCCAUGUCCCAAGAUGGUGUCUGUUUCCUGUAUGUGCGGCAAAGCAAAGCCCCUUCCACGGCGCUGUAGCAGCAAGGUCUGGUCAUGCCAGCAGCCAUGUGGACGGAUGUUACCAUGUCAACAACACACGUGUUCACAGCCGUGUCACUCAGAGUGCCCCCCCUGUCCCAGAGUCAGCCUUCAAAGGUGUGUGUGUGGCGGACAAGAAGCUCAGAGACCUUGUGCCAGUCCCAAGUGGAACUGUCAGAAGGUGUGCGGCAGCCUCCUCUCCUGUGGGAAUCACACAUGCGAGCUGGUGUGUCAUGACGGACUUUGUCCUCCUUGUCCUCGCUCGCUCAGCAGAUCAUGUCCCUGCGGCAAGACUAAGUGGACCCUACCGUGCACAGAGGAAGUGUCACUGUGUGGAGAUACGUGUGACCGCCUUCUGACGUGUGGAAAGCACACCUGCACCAUGAGGUGCCACCGUGGGAAUUGUGACACCUGCAGACAGGAGGUGGAGAAGGAGUGCCGGUGUGGAAAAUACAGGAAGUUGCUGGCGUGUCAUAAAGAGUAUGUGUGUGACUCCAAAUGUUCAAAGAGUAGAAGCUGCCAGAAACAUCAAUGUAGGAGAAAGUGUUGCCCUGGCAACUGUCCCCCCUGUGACCAGAAUUGCGGUCGAUCUCUGGGAUGUCGCAACCACAAAUGUCCGUCUGUCUGCCACCGAGGAAGUUGUUAUCCGUGUCCAGUGACGGUGGACGUCAAGUGUACAUGUGGCACCACCUCCUUAACGGUCCCGUGCGGACGAGAGCGAAGCACCAAGCCUCCUCGCUGCAAAGAGCUCUGCAGGUGUCCUCCUUCCUGCCACCACUUGGCCAGAGAGCGUCACCGCUGCCACCCUGGGCCGUGCCCCCCGUGCACACAGCCCUGUCUCCUACCUCUCAUCGGCUGUGCGCACACGUGUCCGCAGCCGUGUCACGACCAGGUUCUGGUUAAGUCCCAGCAGGUGCAGUUGUCUGGGCCAUGGGAGCAGCCGUCAAAACCAGCGUUUGUGACCAAGGCCCUACCCUGCCCCCCUUGCCAAGUCCCGGUACCAGUGUCCUGUUUGGGGGAACAUGAGGUCAGCCCCCUGCCGUGUCAUCAUCGUGGACGCUUCUCCUGCAAAAGACCUUGUGGGCAACCUUUGACCUGCGGAAACCAUACUUGCAGCAGAGAAUGUCACCUUGUUAACAGCAGCGACAAGUGUGAAGAGUGUGAGGAGGGCUGCUCUAAGCCCCGCCCACACCUUUGUCCUCACACCUGCCCCCUCCCCUGUCACCCGGGGGACUGUCCCGACUGCAGCCAGAUGAUCCGACAGCGCUGCUACUGUAAGAUGAGCGUGCUCUACGUGGAGUGCAUGAAGAUGACUUUAUCUGACGAAGACACGAGAAAGGCGAUGGGAUCAUGUGGCAACCAGUGUCCCAAAGAGCUAAGCUGCGGCCAUCGCUGUAAGCAGGUGUGUCAUCCAGGUGGGUGUGAGGUCAAAUGUCAUCAGAAGGUGAAGCUGCGAUGUCCUUGCAGGAGGAUCAAGAAGGAAAUGCCGUGCUUGUUGUCGUCAGAGAGUGUAGUUGAGUGUGACGACACCUGCAAACAACAACAAAAGAAAGUCAGCCAGCUGAAGGAGGCGGAACAGAAAGCGGCCGAGGAGGAGGAGCAGAAGAAAUGUCAGGAGGAACUGGAGGCGUUCACCAAGCGUCAGCAGCGAGGAGGUCGCAGGAGCAAGAAGCGAGGGAGGCAAGAGGACCUCGAGGACCAAGGGGGGAGUGCUAGGUGGUGGAGGGGCGUGGCCCUCGUCCUUGUUCCACUGGGCGGAGCUCUACUAUCAGUCACCGCCUACUUACUCUUGAACAGCUGAUGGUGAAUGUCAAAGGUCACUUUCAAAUAAAAUCUUAAA